CCUCCUCCUGGAAAGGGGCAUUUUUUCCAUCUUCUGGCGGGAGGGGGGAGGUAGGUAAGUUUAGGGAUCUAAAUAGAGGGGGGGGGAGGAGGAAGGAAGGUGCUGCCUCCAGAUGCGGAGGGGGGUCUGAACCCUCUUUUUUUGGGCAAGGGGAUUUUGGGGGGAAAUGAUAGAUCAGUGGCACGGUUUGGGGGGGUUACAUGUAGGGUGUUUUGAAUUGGGUUUUUCGGGGGAGGGGUAAUACAAAGCCUUGGCUUUGGGGUGAGUGCGAGUGGGGUGUUGUUUUUUUUAGGGAUCAGCUCAGGGCAGCCAUUUAGGAGGCAUAGGACAAAUUGGAGGUGCGAAGGUGAGCCGCCGCCAAGACCCCGCAUCUGUAUUUUCUCUACUGCUGUCCUGAGGUUGCUGUUCAGGCGGGUAUUUUUGUGCCUGGAGUAGGGAUUUGGAGUGGCACUGGGUUUUUUCUUUUAACUCAGAGUGGUACAGGGUUUUGCUUUAGGUGGGGUAGUCUUUGGAUUUGGGGUUCCCUCCCCCCCAUCUUUUUUUAACUCCCUCCGUUCUUUGAAGAAGGAAAGAGGACAAGGCACUACAGAAGAGACCUGUAUGCAUGCUGCCUUCUAUAACAUAUUUUUUUGGCUUCGUUCCUGGAGGAGUUCUUUUUUCACACAUAAGUCUGCCUCUAGAUUUCCUAAAAGGAAAACGAAUAAAAAGGAACCCAUAAACGCACACCGAACCUGCCUCUGGGAGGGAAAUAGCCAGGUGAAAACGCACUCUGUUUCCAUGGACAACCCGUCCAUUAUCACCCAGGUGACUAACCCCAAAGAGGAAGAAAUCCUGUCUUGCUCUCAGGAUAAAGUGUCCCAAUGUAAUCUCAGUUUGAAGAAGCAGAGGAGUCGAAGCAUCUUUAGCACUUUGUUCUGCUGCUUUCGUGACUACAAUGUUGAACCACCAUCUACCAACAGCACCAGUGUCCUUCCUCCAUUGGUGGAAGAAAAUGGCGGACUUCAGAAGGGUGACCAGAUGCAGGUUAUUCCCAUACCAAAUCCACCAGCUAAAUACCUCCUGCCAGAAAUGACAAUAUCUGAUUAUGGAAAGAAAUGUGUGGUCAUUGAUCUAGAUGAAACACUGGUGCACAGUUCAUUUAAGCCAAUUAGCAAUGCAGAUUUCAUUGUUCCCGUUGAAAUUGAUGGAACUAUACAUCAGGUUUAUGUAUUAAAGCGACCACACGUGGACGAGUUCCUCCAGAGGAUGGGAGAACUCUUUGAAUGUGUGCUAUUCACAGCCAGUCUAGCAAAGUAUGCAGACCCCGUGGCCGACUUGCUGGAUCGCUGGGGCGUCUUCAGAGCUCGGCUCUUCAGAGAAUCCUGCGUUUUCCACAGAGGGAAUUACGUGAAGGAUCUAAGCCGGCUUGGGCGGGAGCUGAGCAAAGUUAUUAUAGUGGACAACUCCCCUGCGUCUUACAUCUUCCAUCCUGAAAAUGCAGUGCCUGUGCAGUCGUGGUUCGAUGACAUGACAGACACGGAAUUGUUAGACCUCAUUCCUUUCUUCGAAGGACUAAGCAAAGAGGAGGAAGUCUACACUAUGCUCCAUAAACUCUGCAACAGGUAGCCCUGCAAGGCCACGCCUCUGCUUGACCGUAGCCGCUCCAGGACAGCCAAUCCCAGCGCAGCACCUCAGAGAGGCAGCUCGAGUUGUCAAGAGUCACGAUGCUCUCGAUCUCCCUCUUAAUUUGCUGUGCAUGAAGGACAAUCAUGAAUCGAUGCGACUUAAAUCAUGGGAAUAUUGAUGCCGUCAAAGCGAUGAGACUACUUGGAGAGGAAGAAAAUUAAAAAGAAGCCAUUUUGAAUGGGGACUGUUUUAAUGAAUUUCAUAAAUGGACACAAUUUACAGGAUCCACUUUUUUUCUUAAAAACAUGCCAAAAAUAUAUAUAUAUUGAAAGCUUGAUGUUUCAGCAAGUCGACUGGACCCUUUCCCCCCACCCAAACCCUCCUGCUAUGCAGACCAUUUUUCCCACCCCUCCCUGCUUAUAAGAGCAGUUGACCUGACUCUGAACUUGUCUUUCUUCCACGAUGAAGUGCCUUUUUGAAUGUUGUUUUCAGAUUUUAAAAAAGAGACAUUUUUGUAUUAAGGCGUAUUUCCAGGCAUCUUUUAGUCUUGUAUUGUUUAAAUGCUUUAAGAAGAAGAGAGAAAGUUGGAAAUCUUUUUAUAGAGCACUGUAAUAUAUGGAGACGAAGGCAAAAAUUGAAAGAGGCCGCAAGGAAGGUCCUGCCUACAAGAUGGUGACAUUGGGGUUGCAUUUGCUGCGCUUAUGUCACGUUUGAAAAGGUUCAGGAAUCUAUACGAGGAGAAAGUCAUCUGGGUUAUAUAUAGGUUGGUGACGCAACUGUCUUACUAAUUUGAGUCAUGUUUUGCACAUAGCUUAGGGUAUCUCUGCAUUUUUUGACUGCAUACGACAAAACGGAAUGGGAUAAACACACAGUGGCAAGGAGUUCUUCAGCACCUUCAAGAGGUGGGGAAAGAGAGAGGGUCUUGUACUGUCUUUGCUAACGCACAACUGCCAGGUGUUUCAGAUGCUGUUAGCGGUGAGCUACCGAUAAGCAUUGACAACAAAUGGGGGUUUAUUUAUUAAGCUUGAAUUCCUUCCUUACCGAAAGAUGCAAAUUGAGCUGUUAAGAAGUGUGGGCCCAAGGCCCCCCCCCCCCGUGAAAGGAGUGCAGGAGAUCACACAAGAGCACAACUCCCAUUCCUGUCACAAUGGGGUGUCAGUGUGUAGGAGACAGUCCCCCCCCCUUUUUUGUGCCCUGUAUAUUUUGUUUUCCUUAACUGCUGCUACUGAAGGUUCACCAAACAGAGCUGAACCCUGGCUGUUAUACUGUUCUUCGCCACUGUGCCUGUGCUACUGAAAACCUUUUUCUGUAAGCUGCAAAACAUGGGCAACAAAUGAAGUGCUAGCUUUGUGUAUCAAACAGUAUUAUAUAUCAUAGAAUCAUAGAAUUGUAGAGUUGGAAGGGACCUUGAGGAUUGUCUAGUCCAACCCUCUGCAAUGUAGGAAUCUUUUGCCCAAUGUUGAGGCCCACAGCCCUGAGAUUAUGAGUCUCAUGCUCUACUGGCUGAGCUAUAUAGGCUAGCUAAAUCAAACAUGGCCUGCAAAACUCUUUCAAACUGGGGUUGUGUUCUCAUGUGCUUCACUGUGGGAUUUUUUAAAACUCACUUUCCCUGCUUCGAGAAUUACAAAAAUGACAAUUCUAUGCUUACCACGACCUUCCUCUAUUUCAUUUCAUUUUAUUUCCCCCACUUACUAGAUGAGAUUUCAGAUUAUCAUCCCUUUGCAGAAAAGCUCAGACUAACAGAACUGAGGUCACCUAUAUCACGUACAUGUUGGAGUUACCCAGUUGUUUGAAAUUGGAGUAUUUGUGUUAAGACUCUCAAAGUGUUCUCCAUAGCUUGGGCUUUUAUGCUUCUUGCAUUUUCUAUCGCCCCUGCCCCUAAUUUGUUCAUGUAAAGAAUGUCAGUCUUAUCCACAGAGAGAUAAUUUUUUUAAUAGCAAAGGAUUCUAUCUUUCAUACUCUCAUCUGUCUCUCUCUCACACACCCACACACACACCACUUGAAGCUCCAAAGACGACAAACCCAGCAGCACAAUCCCAUUUUGAUGAUUUGCCUCUCUGCUCUUUUCCUUCCCGAUCAAUAUCUGAGGCCACUUUUUUCCCCUUUGCACCAACUUGAAAUCUAUAGUUGCUCAGAUUAGCCAUACUGGACAGGAAUUGUCCAAAAGGAAAAAGGAGGGGAGGAAAACCCUCUUUGGUGCUUAGCCCAGUAAACUGUCAGGUGCAGAAACAGCUUGUCUCUACCUGCCUUUACUUGGGCAAUGGCCAGUAGGAGCCAAAAAUAGGAUUUACACUAUUUACACUAAAAACAUCAAAGAAGCAGCUUUUAACACAUUUAUACGUAAGAAAAGCCAGCCUCCAUGGGCACGAAAUAGGUUAUCACAGGCACAGCAGAAAACAGAAUUGUCACUCCAUAGUACAAUUUCGCACAGUGUUCACAGAGCCUCUUAGAAUUCCACUUGUCCCAAAAUUACCGCCCACCUUUCCACCCCUUGCUUGGCCACCAGAGGUUAUUUAACUGAGUACCGUAUGUUUUGUCCGCCAGGAAACCUGGCAACGUAAGAGAAAACCUAGGGGUUGUUUUCUUUUUCAUUUUGAUUUUUUUUUUUUAAAAAAAGUAUGGAUUCUGGCUAGUCCAUUUAAAGCUUACCUUCAAUCAAAAGUGUUCUUUAAUUUUUGUAUUUGAAUGCAGAAUAAUGAAAAGCGGUUGUUACUGCCAAAGCGUGUUCUCUGAGCAGUAUUUUUCCACUGUGCUUCUGGCCUCCUGAGCCUCGAGUAGUCUGCAGGGAAAAGUAUUCAGGUUGUAGCAAGGGCAAGGAUGACGGAGAAUGGUUGGAACGAAGGAGAAGUCAACCGCGGGUGGUUAUUCUCGCCCCCAUGAAGCUCCGCGAUCUUCCAACCAUCGCUUGUCCUUUGUCCCGCCCUUUCUAGCACGACGUGACUUUCUGACAAGUUUUACGUGAUCUGUUUGUACAUAACGCAGGCCAUUUUCAUUCAAUGUUCACUUUUUUAUGAAAGGAAGGGGGGCGGGGAAAUCGUCGAUUUUAUCUCUUUAACCAGUUGCCUUAAAUGUCUGUGAAUGAAUGUCGAUAUUAAAAGUGUCUUGUAACAUUGUGGAAUCCACAUGCAAUAGACAAUGGAACUUCUCUUUCUGGUUUCUCUCCUCUCCCCCCCUCCUCCCCCCCCCAACUCUAUUGAAACAUGCUGAAAAUAACUCUGGGAAAUUUAAAAAUCUGCUAAAUUCUUGAAAUAAAUAAAUAGCGGUUUAUUAUAAA